GUCAUUGAUAUGACGUUUUGAAAACGUCAAAUGACAAUCGCUUGUAUCUGAAAUAUUUGCAAAAUUUAAUUAAUUUUAAAUAAUUACAGCCCUAAAAUGGCUUCAGUAGCUUUAAAGGGCCAUUUUGCUACUAAAGCACUUCCUAAAAGCGGUUCACUGGGCGUUGUUUACAUCAAGUCGGCGCAGUACAGCUCAGAUGGCAAGCCUAACCUGGCUGCAUACAAGCGCGGUACUGGCGGCCGUAGCAGCUUUAACGGCAUUGUCGCCACCGUGUUUGGAUGCACAGGCUUCGUAGGUCGCUAUGUCUGCAACAAAUUGGGGAAGAUAGGCACACAGAUGGUACUUCCAUACCGCUCUGACUUUUAUGAUGCUCAACGCUUGAAAGUCUGUGGAGACCUUGGACAAGUACUGUUCACACCAUUCGACAUACGUGAUGAGGAGUCAAUAGCCAAAGCAGUUCGCUACUCAAAUGUAGUCAUCAACCUGAUUGGAAGGGACUAUGAAACCAAAAACUUUAAGUACUCAGAUGUGCAUGUUGACGGUGCCCGUCGUAUUGCAAGGAUUUGCCGUGAAAUGGGAGUGGAAAGGUUCAUCCACCUGUCCUACCUAAAUGCAUCUGAGAACCCAAAACCUCUAGUUCUGCGAAAACCAUCAAUGUUCAAGAUCACCAAGUUCCAGGGAGAGCAGGCUGUGAAGGAGGAGUUCCCGACUGCCACCAUCAUCCGUGCUUCCGAUAUUUAUGGCUCUGAAGACAGGUUUUUGAGGGCCUUUGCAUCCCAAUGGCGCGUCCACGGUCAGCUCCUGCCUCUGUACAAGAAUGGAAUGGCUACCAUCAAGCAGCCAGUAUUUGUUUCCGAUGUAGCACAAGGCAUUGUGAAUGCAGCCCGUGACCCAGACACCAGAUGCCAAACCUAUCAAGCUGUUGGGCCUGACAGGUACCUAUUGGCAGAUAUGGUAGACUGGUUCUUCAAACUGAUGCGUAAAGACGAAAGCUGGGGCUACCGGCGCUACGACAUGAAAUACGACCCAUUGUUCCCCCUGAAGAUCGCGUUGGUCAACAUGAUAUCGCCGGCGUAUCCAUUCGGCAACUUGCACUGGGAAUCAAUUGAGAGAGAAGCCACCACAGACGUGACGCAGAACGGCGUACCAACUUUGCUGGACUUGGGCGUGUGUCUCACGCGCAUGGAAGACCAAGUGCCGUGGGAACUGAAACCUUUCCGCGCCUACCAGUACUACAUGGAUAAGCUCGGAGAAUUCCCCAAGCCCGACCCUCCCCAACCUCAGCCAUGCUAAACACCUAUUAUACGUUUAGAAUGCCUACUAGGCGCAUCAAUCCAAGUAAUUAGAAAUCACUGCUGGAAUAGAAAUCAUUUAAUAAAUUAUUUUGAUUGUU